AUACGGCAGCGCGGAAAGAAGCUUCACUGUUGACAAAACUUUGUCUGACGCGGUUAGGAUUUUAUUAUCAACUGUGUGUAAAAUUACGACAUUUGUGUCUUAACGUUACAUGACUUGUUUUAGGUCUUAAUUCUUCCAACAAGGAUUCUUCUGUUUAUUGUUGCUUCACGAGUGUUGGCGUAUUUAACUGACAUUAGCUUAGCCGGAAGUUAAAAUAUUGCGAUAUCGUACAUUUGCUUUUUAUUUACCGGUUAGCUUAGCCAGCUAACGUUAGCCGUUAUGAAGCCCGUCAGAGGCUCUAACCGAGCCGCAUCUAAAACACCUAAUGUUCAAUUGAAAAACAAGAAAAAAAGAGAGCAGAGGACAGACAAACAAGCAACAGAGCAUCAGGAGCCGGGGCCCAGUGAAAAUAACCAUGAGACCAAGAGCACCCACACAAAACCAGCAAAGAAGAGGAAAGCUGUAGGCUCAUCCUCAGUCCCUAACAAGGUCAAAGGUCAGGACAAGUGGGAGCUGAUGCCACGAUCCUCCAUUGUUGCUCUGGAGAACACGAUGGACUUGUCAAUACUAGCAACUCUUGCUUUGAUGCGGAAAGAGAAGAAAGAGAGCCAGGAACAUCUGAACAUAAUGAAAACCAGGUUCCUUGCUCAGUGUGCAGAGCUCAAAGUUCCAGUGCAGAAACAGAAAGAUUUCGAGCAAUCAUCUCAGCGUCACCAGGAGGAGGCCAAGAAGUCAGUGGUUGGAAAGACGAAUCUGAGCACUCUGGAGAAAGACUUGAGGGCUGUGGUCCGUGCUCUGGAGAGGACAGACGAGCAGGCUGUCUCCUUACAGCACGCUUGCAGUACGCUGAGAGACCAAGUGGAGGAGGAGGAGGAGAAAGCUAAAGAGAUCUUACAGAUAGCCGAACAAGCAAGUCUCAACCUUCCCCCUCUACCUCCACGAAAAGAUGAAACAACAUUAGAGGCUCGAUUGAUAAAAAUUAUACCAGACAGCGACUCUGAGACCACUGCCUUGAAACUGGGGGAAAUCCUGCAGAAAUCAGAGAUCAACCACAACGCCCAGGCGCUGCUUCUGCAAGCACAAAAUCAUGCCGAUCAGCUCUUCAACCCCGGCUUCACUGCGAUCAGUGGUGCACCAUCUCUGCUUUCACAAGUUUGAAAUCUUCUUUUCAAAGGACAUUAAGAGAUGCCUGUACUAAGUCAACCCCAAACAAAAAAAAAAAUUGCAGCUGUUAUGGGUAGAAUUAAUAAAUUUCAAACUUUUGCGGCACCUGUAGAAGCACUAAAAAAGGAAA